AUGUCGCUCUCUACCACCUUCUACAACGCCUUCUUCAAGCGAAACAGCGUGUUCGUUGGAACUGUUUUCGCCGGAGCAUUCGCCUUUGGAAUCGGCUUUGACAUUGGCGUUUCCAAAUUCUACGACACCUGGAACAAGGGAAAACAAUGGAAAGAUAUCCGUCAUAAAUACGUACAAGAAGAGUAG